UCAUCGUUUUAGAUUUUUGGCCAUACUUAAACGGCAAGAAAAAACACCCAAUACGAAGAAGAAGAAGAAGAAGAAGAAGAAGAAGCCCAACUUUGACUCUCAGAAACACACACACACACAGAGGGGGAUAAGAGAGAAGAUAGAGAUGGGAAGCACGAGCGGUGCUUUCAUUUCCCACUUGCAGUUCAACAUCAAUAACUGUUGCUGCUUCGAGCGCCUCAGGUCCAUCAGAACCCAGUUGAAUUCCGUGCAAGCUCACAAUCCGAGGAGGCCAAGAUUGAGGCUUCGGAGCCGGAGGAGUUCUCGAACCGCUGUUUGCUUUGCCGUUGACGAUUUGAGAGAGAAGCAGCAAGAGUUAGCAAGUGAAGGGUCUGGGAUUGGCUCGGCUUUGGAGGAUAGGCCUGAUGUGGGUGAUAGCUCCAGAGAAGAAACAUUGGAAACUUUUGAACAAAAUAAUGAAGGAAAUGCGCUUUAUAAUUUUCUAUACCCCAGUAAAGAGCUCCUCCCAGAUGAUAAAGAAAUGAGUAUCUUUGAUCAUCUUGAAGAGCUGCGCCAGAGAAUUUUUGUAUCAGUUUUGGCAGUUGGAGCAGCUAUCUUGGGAUGCUUUGCAUUUUCUAAGGAACUGAUAUUCGUUCUUGAAGCGCCUGUUAAAGCACAGGGUGUUAGAUUCCUGCAGCUAGCUCCUGGCGAGUUUUUCUUCACAACUUUAAAGGUAUCUGGAUACUGUGGACUUCUGGUAGGAAGCCCUAUCAUUCUCUAUGAGAUUAUAGCCUUUGUUCUUCCAGGAUUAACAAAAGCGGAGAGAAGAUUUCUGGCUCCAAUUGUUCUAGGUUCCUCGGUACUUUUCUAUGCUGGCAUUACCUUUUCCUACCUGGUUCUGACACCGGCAGCAUUAAAUUUCUUUGUUAGUUAUGCCGAAGGGGCUGUAGAAUCUCUGUGGUCCAUUGAUCAAUAUUUUGAGUUUGUACUUGUUCUCAUGUUCAGCACAGGCUUGUCUUUCCAGGUUCCAGUUAUACAGUUCCUAUUAGGACAAGUUGGUUUGGUCUCAGGAGACCAAAUGUUGUCAAUUUGGAGAUAUGUCGUGGUUGGUGCUGUUGUCGUUGCUGCUGUGCUUACACCAUCAACUGAUCCACUUACUCAGAUGCUUCUGGCAACACCUCUCCUUGGUCUGUACUUGGGUGGUGCCUGGGUAGUAAAGCUAACUGGGCGAUGAGUGCUACUGUUCAAAUUCAUGAGACUGUUCUAAGUACCCUACAGAUUCAGAGUUUAAAGAAUCCUGUACAUUUACAAAUUGAUGUAAUAUACAUGUAACAUGUUAUUCAGAGAGGGAAUGAGGGGCUGACUUGCUCAUAUCUAAAUGUAUGAUUGUACGGUUGUACCCAUAACUGUUGAAGAGAUUUCCACUGAAAUUUACAGUUACCA